AAUGGCCGGGGUAUUAUAGUCAUUUCUCUCGGGAAACACUCACCUCUCCUUUGCCCCGUAGCCGCUAUCCUCACUUUCAUAGAGUCCAUAGAAAUGCGAAGAUUCAGCACCACCAAAUAGAAAGUUGCAGACAAAAAAAGUCUUUACUCAGAGAAACCAGCAAUCAUUCGCUCGCUCCAUUCUCAUCGAUUGACACAAUCUCCGCACUUUUCAAGAAAACCCUAAUUUUCAGCUAUUAAAGAGUCCCGAUGCCAUUUUUACAGCAGGAAUCCAACCCUAAAACUUCUUUAUAAACCCUAGCCUCCUCCUUUGAGAGACACGUUUUCUUCUUCUUAGAUUCCUUGAUUCUAUUCCAUUGACCUAGACAUCCUCUCUAAAUAGAGGGAAAGCCCCCUUCUUCUCAACCAUAAAAGCCCUAGCUUGCUGCAACAAUGGCCAUCCCUCUUCCUCGCUGCCUUUACACAGAGAAAGGAGCAUCAAUGUCUUCUCCUCCUUGUCCUUCGUCUUCACCAGCAAUUCCCCUCUCUCAAGAGGACCUCAAAAAAAUCGCAGCUCACAAAGCUGUAGACUAUGUAAAGAGUGGCAUGGUCAUAGGCUUGGGCACUGGCUCCACUGCUCAGCACGCAGUGGCUCGAAUCGCUGAGCUUUUGAACCAGGGAGAGCUAACCAACAUAAUAGGAAUACCCACUUCAAAGCAAACCCUAGAUCAAGCGGUGGCGUUGGGUAUUCCUCUCUCUGAUCUCGACGACCAUCCCACUGUUGAUGUUGCAAUAGAUGGUGCAGAUGAGGUCGAUACAGAGCUGAACUUGAUCAAGGGGAGAGGGGGCUCUCUUCUUAGAGAGAAGAUGGUCGAGGCCUCUGCAAAAAAAUUUAUAGUGAUUGUUGAUGAAUCCAAGUUAGUGAGAGGUUUGGGAUCCAGUGGCCAUGCUUUACCAGUCGAGGUUGUGCCUUUUUGUGCUAAGAACACGGCUCGAAAGCUGGAGAGGCUCUUUGAUGGAUGUAAAGCAGAAAUCAGGGUUUGUAGACAGAGAAAUGGCGAGCCAUUUGUCACUGACAACGCGAAUUACAUUGUGAACUUGUUUUUCGAGAAAGGGAUUGGGAAUUUAGAGGCGGCGAGUGAGAGAAUUUUGGGGGUUGAGGGAGUGAUAGAGCACGGCAUGUUUCUUGGCAUGGCGACUACGGUGGUGGUGGCGGGGAAGAGUGGGGUUACAUUUUUGGAUAAGUAGAGACAGAGAUUUUAGGUAUGAUAAACUUUUGGUUUGCUUAUUUUUCUUUUCUCCCUAUGUUAUUGGAAAUUUUAGCCCUUUCUCUCUCUCUCUACAUUUUUGAGUAAUUGGGGAAUUAGCAUGUACUGCUAUGUAAGCUGGUUCAAUGAUUUUGAUUGUAAUUCAGCUCUGAAUGAAUGAAUUUUGAAUUGGGCCAAUGCCCAUUUGCUUUCUC